UGUCUGUCUCAAGCGCUGAAAACUAAGAUCGUCUUCCCCUCUGUCUCCUUAUCUCCCCAUCUGCCCCGUCAUCGGUGGCGGCACUGACUCACGUCGUCCAAGUCCAGCUCGCUUGCCAUCUUUGGGGGCAAGCUGUGCUAGCAUCGUCACGAUGAUGGAUGGAAGUCGGGAUCCGGAGCUUAAGCUAAGAAUACAACAGCUCGAAGAGAAGCUUCGACAGAGUGAACUCGCACACCAGCAUGAGUUGAGAAGGAAGGAGGAGGAGCUGUCUUUACUGCGUACCUUAAGUCAAUGUCAACUACCUCAGUCGAGCACGAGUAGUCUUGAUGUCCCUUCGCCCGUCUAUAAUGACCAGUUCCAACUGUCGAGUGCAUCGUCACAUGCUGCGCCGCCGUUUGAAAGGCAACAUGUAUUGUCAAGAAAGCCCUCGGCGGGUCAGGGGCACAUGUCAAUGACGGGUCGUCACAGCCAGGCCAGCAUCCCACGGUCUUCUUCUAUUCGACCCAAUAACGAACCUACCCACACGGCUGUGAAACGGCAGCGAACCAUGUCACAACAAGCUCCCCAGUCGCAUCAGAUGGAUCGUUCGGCCUCCAAUCUGUCAUCCCGAUCCGCUGGUCCCUUUGUUGGGAACGGCCCCGUCGCUCCCCUGAAGCUGAGUCACUCGGAUCAGAAUGGGACUGGCAUGAUGGACUACUUGAACAAGGACGAGCCGGUGAAUUCGUAUGCAUACGCGCAUUCGAUACACCGGUCGCAGUCUGCGCGCACCCGACACCGCCCCGACACGCGCAACAUGCCCACCGUUGCCGAAUCGGUCCUGAUGGAUCCGGAGACCUUUUUCGCGACGUUGGACGAUGACCCAUCCGCAGCUGCAUUGGGCGCCUCCAUGCCCUCGCACCAACACCCACGCCAACAGCAACACCAACAGCAACAGCUCGGUGCCAACAUGCCGCAGUUUAAUGCCACGGAGCUUUCUGUUUGCGGAUCCAUGACUUCGGCGCCAACGCUAGAAACUGCGCCCAUGACACGACAAAACAGCGCUUUCGACAACCAGUCCGUAUCUGGCGCCGUCGGUGCUGUCAACAUGAUGACUCUCGGCUCUCAUCAGGGCACCGACAUGAUGUCUAACCGUGAGAGCCCCAACGUGUCCAACAUGAGCAGCGGAGAGAACUCACCUCUCGGAAAACGUGCCUGUCCCAGUGAGGAGGGUCUGUUUGCCGGCGUCGGUGCAAGCCUGGCGCCCAGCUUUACAUACCCCUACUCGUCAUCCACGCCCAACGAGAGCCUCGCUAUCCCGUCAUCGCAAGACAUGUCGCGCUCGGUGUCCAACACCAGCAUGUCAAGUAUGAAGUCCAACACGUCACUCAAGCUGCGCGCCGCCGAGACGCUCAAGAAGCAGAACCAGCGUAGCUCCAUCACGCGACUACAGCCCAAACCGUCGCUUCACGCCCGAAACGGCGACUCGCACACUAGGUCUGACGGCGAGAAAGACGCCAACGGCAUGGGUAAAACGGCUAUCAGCAAGGCCAAGUACGUGCGCCCCAAGCAGCCCAAGGUUUUCUGUGAACAAUGCAAUGAGCAUCCUGAAGGCUUCCGGGGCGAGCACGAGCUGCGUCGCCACCAAGCAAGCAAGCACCAAUCCCAGGUGCGCAAAUUCAUCUGCGUUGACCCGUCUACUCUGGGCCUGCCUAUAGGCGUCCCUGCCGUCAACCCCCUCGACAAGUGCAAGGCUUGUACGGGUCAGAAACGGUACGGCGCCUACUACAAUGCAGCCGCACAUCUGAGACGGACGCACUUCAAAGAGAAGCCUUCUCGGGGACGCAGAGGCGCUGGCAGUGCCGCGAAUAAGGACAAGGCCGAUGAAGACCGCCGCGGCGGCAAGGGAGGCGGCGACUGGCCCCCGAUGAGCGAGCUCAAGAACUGGAUGAAAGAAGUCUGGGUCAAGAAGGGCAGCGCCGCCGAUACCGUCGAACCAGAAGACGACGAGGGUGACGAAGAGAUCAACGGGUCGUUCGACUCAAGCAUGGACAUUGAGUUCUCAGAGGACAGUGCGGUCUACAACCCGGGGCCUGUGUCCCAGGGGAUGCUCGAUAUGGACGCUUACUCCUUCCAUCCGGCAUCGCAGCCCGCACUGAACAUCAACACGGACAUCAACGGCAUAUCUAUCUACCCCGGCAUGCCCCUCUCAUCGGCCAGCUUCGGAGACUUUUCCGGGUCGCCCAUCAGCGGCUCGGGCGUUGGCUUCAACCCCUACGCGGUUCACGGGGGUCACCACUACGGCAGCGUGGGCAGCGACACGCUGACGCCCAAUACGACGAUCCACGGGUGGAACGAAGCCGUGGAGCCCAUGGGCAACAUCGAAGAGAGCAUGGGUGAUAUGCAGUUCGACAUGGUGUACCCGCAGUGAGCCCCCCUAGCUUUGAUUCAUUCCCCAUGAUCGCAGGAGUUUGGCCAUGAUCAUGAUGAUGACGAUGCACAUGAUGAAUCCAUCAAAAUAAUCAAAAAAUAAGAAAUGUCGAUGGCAACGGCGAGUGGACGAGGAGGGGCUUUUGCUUCUUCUCACUGCGACGCUACGCUCUUAGCAUUGCGUAUUCGUAACGUCUAUUUCCCCCCUCUUCCCGCCUGCCGACUCAGUCCAAUCCCUCUGUUGGGAUUGGGGUAGAUAUUUUCAGCCCCUGUUCCCCCGUACGUCAGAGCCGGGCUACACAUGCCCGGCUCGACAGCGGCAGCUCUGGCACUUGCAUAGGGCCCUCGUCGGCCUGCCAGUCGCUAUCC